UCCCUAAUAAACUCGAAUGGGAAAUUCACAAAAGUCCCUUAAAUUACUGACCACUCACUAUAAUUGUAUUCCUUGAUAAUAAUGCAGCAUUUUACUCUGCCGAGCAAGAGGUUAUAUGUCAAUGUUUACCAUUGAAAUAGGUACAUACAUCUGAUGUAAACUCUCUACCUAGAUACUACCAGUCGAGUUAUAUCCUAGUGAUCAUAAGUGUCCCCUCAGAAAUAUACUUUCGCUACCUAAAUUUUCAGGGGUGGCAUCUCAGGAUAUUCUCUUGCUGACCUAGAACACUCAGCUGACAUAAUUCUAUUAAGCGAAAACACGGAUAAAAUGCAGUUUUCUGAUCUUCAUGAAUAAUAACGUUAGCAUGCUUAGGAUGUGUUUUUCUCCCUCUAAAUACAGAGUGAUGCUUCAAGCAUUUUCUGUUUCAACUGUCGAACUUGUAGUGGGAGUGAAGCAGCUGAGUUCUUUGACCGUUUCGUCAGCCCUGGAGGGUUUGUAUCCAAAGAAAUCUUGGAAUGAAUUCAAAAAGCCCUGUUAGUUCCUGCCAACAUACAUCACUCGUGGCGUAAGCGUAAUGUCUAUUUCCCAAUUAAAGGGUGUGUAUACUGCUCUGUUCUCCCUUGUGGCUGUGGAACAUAGUCUAUGGGAGCUUGGAGUGAUACACAUCUGUGCUAGGUUCUGUGAUGAUGACGUUUGUCUGUCUGCCAAUGUAUCAUGUUACAAGUGUUUAAUUAUUUGUGAAAUUAAUGAAAAAAAGAUAUUUACUACUCAGUCGACCAAUAAAAUACGUCUAGACAAUAAACUCCCAAUAUAUAUUGUUCGCUUUUUGCUGCGCCUUUUCUCUCAAUAAACGUUGAUUUUAAUUGUACCUGUGAUAUAUAUUGUUGUUCUCACAAUUUUGGCAUGAGAUUAUCUAGCCGUGAUUUUGUAACUCAAUUGACACUAUGCCUUUGUUGGGUUAAAUGAAGUGUAUUUAAUAAUUAUUUUAAAAUAAUGUUUCCAUAAUUUCAUUUUGAAACAUUGAUUACUAAAAUAGUUUAUAUGUUUAAAUCUUGACCAUAUUGUUUUUAUCAUUGGUCAGAAUGAUAAUUCACUUUCUUGUUAGGUUCAGGUUUUCAGUUAUUACUAUGAACUAGCAAAACAACUUUUUUGAAUAGUGUACAUUUUCUAUUAAUUGACCUUCAUAUUCACAAAUUUGUUUUAUUUACUUAUUUGAAGUAUUUAAUUUCUGUAGGAAUGUCAAGUUUUGUGUUGUUUUUAUUUGAAAAAUAGGUUUAAUCUUUCAGUCUAAAUACUGUUUAUCAUUGUUUUAUUGAAAAGAUACUUUGAGGUGACAAAAAAAUGCAUCAAUUUAUCUCAGAAUAAACUGAAAUCAUGCUUCGUAUUUGUUCUCAUAUUCAUAUAUCGUAUGGUCGUUUCAGAGUGUUUUCAUGUAAACACUCUAAAAAGUAUAUCCAUUCUUCUAUUCCUAUUAUAUCUCAAAAGAUAACUUCAUUGUCUAUUAACCAAACAGAGUAUGCUAAGACGUUAGCAGAUUCCUUAAUUCAAGGUAAUCGUUAUAGUUUAGCAAGAGCAAUUACACUUUUGGAAUCUUCUAAAGCUGAACGUCGUGCUGAGGGUCAAUAUAUUCUUGAUGCAGUAAUAAAACAUUUGGCGCACCAAGAACUAAAAACUGGAAAGUUUACAUUCAGAAUUGGUCUCUCUGGCCCACCAGGUGCUGGGAAAAGUACAUUUAUUGAAGCAUUUGGUGGUCGCCUUACAGGUAGUAAACCAUGGAAUCCUGUAAUUAAUACUUCUUAUAAAUCUUAUGGUAAGCAGCGGUUGACACUAGACGAAGAACAUUUCAAUCAAGAAAUCAGAAAACUUCAUCGUGUAGCUGUCUUAGCAAUAGAUCCUUCUUCACAUACAACUGGUGGUAGUCUCUUGGCCGAUAAAACUCGAAUGCCUGAACUGUCCAGUAAUAUGAAUGCCUACAUACGACCAUCCCCUAGUGGUGGAAAUUUAGGUGGUGUUGCUCGUGCAACUAGUGAAUCCAUCCUAUUAUGUGAAGCUGCAGGAUUUGAAACUGUCCUCGUAGAAACUGUUGGUGUUGGACAGUUAGAGUUCGCUGCUGCAGAUAUGGUUGAUAUGUUUGUCUUGAUUAUUCCUCCUGCUGGAGGUGAUGAAUUACAAGGCAUAAAACGAGGGAUUGUUGAAGUUGCUGAUCUGGUUCUAGUGAAUAAAGCAGAUGGUGAACUAUUGCAUCAAGCUCGUCUUAUUGCUAAAGAAUAUUCGAACGCUCUCAAAUAUAUGCGUUGUCGAAGACCUAAUUGGAUUCCGAAAGUACAACUUGUAUCCAGUCUAACAGGUGAUGGACUUAUUGAAUUUUGGUCUACAGCUUUUAAAUUUCACCAAUCACUAAUUAAAUCAGGUGAAUUACAGAGAAUACGAAAAGAACAAUUGAGAGGCUACUUACAUAGUGUGUCGUUAACUACUCAGUUAAUCAGUUGUCAAUGAAAAUUAUGUGGUUAUUCUCCGUUAUAUCAGAAUGCUUGAACAUCUGUUAUAUUUGGUCGUCGUUGAUUGCUGUGCCGGAAAAACGCUGAUCACUUAUACUCUGAACGAGGGACCUCUGCAAUUCCCACGAUGCAAAAGUAAGAACACAAAGACUGGUAUAAGUGAAGAUUUAUUAGCCCCAAAACACUACGACGAUGAUGAUACAAAUAAUAAUGAAUCACAAUAGUCUAAAAUACACUGGUUUAUAUCUUGAUGGUACACCCAUUUUGAUUAAUAAUUAGUUAUAACAAGUCACUUACUUAGCAUAGUUCAUGUCAACUGAAUACAAGAACAUCGUAUAUUAUACAGAAAAUAUCAUACUGGGAAAACAAAUCAAAUACUUCACUGAAUGAUCCUUACGUUGAAUCAAAACGAAUGUAAUGUCGAAUAAAACUCAUAAUGAGUAAUUCAAUCAAUAAUUGACUUUUCUUUCCAUCAUAUCAACAUCACUGUGAAAGCUAUAAGUGUGAGUUCAUUGUCAGUGAUAGAUAAUUUGCAUCCUAUUAAUGAAUACCUUAGGAAAGAAAAAAAUUUACUCAGACAAAUUAGCAUAUUUAAGCUGCACAAGACUACAGAUAAGUGGAACAGUGUUCUCGUUAACGUUUUUGAUGUUCCAAUAAUGGUGUUUUAUCCAGCAUUUCCGUAAUUUUUCCUCUUUAUUUAGUAGGUGAGUGAUGUGUAUUGUAGCAUAAUUUUCAUUGAAAAUUCCAUUUCAUUUCUCUAGACUUAUGCACACUUUAACCCAUACACAAAUAUAGCGAAAUCUAGAUCUUGUAAUGAAAUCGGCGGCAAGGAUUUCGCAUUUUGCAUUAAACAAAUAGAAAAAUGACUAAGAAAUUCCAACACAACACGUAUAUUGAACACUAAAAAACGUCGCCGGUAAUCCGACAUUAUAUUGUUUCUCUAUAUUUUCUUACAUUAGAUAUGGAUGUGGACAUUUGUUAAAGAGGAGAUUUGGCGUAGAUUUAAAAACAGUCCACUUAUUCUAGAGAAACAAAAAGAAAUCGAAACAUUACUAUUCAACCGAGAAAUCGCUCCUGGUAUAGCCGCUGAAUUAUUACUUGAUAUUGAUCAUAGAAAAUCAUAAUACGCAUAUUGCACAUACCUAUUUAUUGUAUAUUACUAAAUCUAUAAUCACAGAAAUUCUGGACUUUUUCUUUCAAAUUAAUCUCAAAGAAAGUUACUUUUAGUUGGUCUUCUCUACAAUUGCAUUUUAACCCUAUGUUCAUUGUUAUUAUUCAUCUUAAAGAUUGUCUCAGGCAAUUAUUUUUAUUUAUUUCGUCAGAUCUGGCGGUUUUUUCCUUUUAAUUUUCACUUUUCAAGUACUUCUUCAUUAGAUAGAGAAUAUAAGGAAAAUUUAAUUGGUCAAUUCAUUUGUAAAUCACACUUGAAAUAUCUUCAAAUUUCGUUCCCACAGUUUUUUUUCUGAAUUAAACAGAUGUGUUUAUGUGUUAUGUGCAAAACUCAGCUGACCAGUCAAAUGGAUGGUGUUAUGACUAGACGCUAUUUUUAUUUUCACUCUUCAACAAAACGAGUAUAAGUUGGUGUUAUUGGAUUGAUC